AUGGCUUCUGCUCUUCCUGAUAUAGUUCUCCGCCAGAUACUUUCUUUUGUAAAGGAAAGUCCACAAGUUGAAUUCGUCGAACGUCUUCCUUAUAACUUUAGUGAAUGGAAUUGUCCGAUCUAUGACGAUGGACUCGAUACUCUUAGAGCAUGUUUACAAGUUUCGAGAUAUUGGCGAGCAAUAGGAAUUCCUGUAUAUUGGAACUCACCCGGGUUUACACAUCUCCCAACUUUCGAUACUUUCAUGAGUUUUAUUACACAGGAUGAUGUUAAAGGACUCAAUAAUAUUAAUAUGGCGAUCAUUGCGCCUCAACGCGUUACUACGCCUUAUCCGCAUUAUAUACGAGACAUCGAUAUGUAUUUUCUUUAUACAGGAAUUCACCGAUGGUUGCUUGAAAGCGAUACUUUUCGCGGCCCUGCGCUUAUAUUCAGAUGCCGUGAAUUGCUUCAAGCGAUACUAUCAAUGUUUUCGCGAUAUGAUGUACGGCUUAACUCUCUUGCAUAUCCUUUUAUUCCAGAGUUUGGAGCUGAUGAAAUAAAGAGCUGGUUCGCUCAAGCCUCACUAAGAAAAGUUUCAUUGUCGGCAACAUUUUUUCUUCCGCCCGGUAAUGUGCUAUUGUUAAACGCUUGCCGCAACGUGGAAGAAUUUUCGAUUUCUUUUUGGCAAACAAGAACACAUGAGACUACAAAUAAUAUCACUAGCGAUGUGAUCAAAUUUAUAAAAAACCAGAAGCGUCUCCGAUCUAUACAUAUUAAAGGAAGUCUUCUUACUCCGCAUGAAAUCAACCAAUUGAGUAAGGCGAUAUUCUCAAUGGGUGAUACCCUUUGCUAUCUACAUUUUGAGUAUAUGUCCUUUAACGACUUUGAUUGGAAUGGUGUUGAGAAGUGUGUUAAUUUAGAGGCGUUGACGUUUACUAGUUGCAGAGAUGUGGUUAACAUUCGUCCUUUAAUUCACGCGAAUUUGUCGAAAUUGAAGCAGGUAGAAGUUAAAGAGACUACCGGCGUACCGCUUAGAGCGUGGGCAGAUAGGUUUAACAAACGCGCUAAAAGAAUACGUCAUUCUAUAUAA